AUCUGUGCCCUUUGGUUCUCUAAACUGAACCACCACCGCUACAUGAGACUUUCUGGAUUUAAAACUUGCAAUCCCAUACAGUGUGCACCUGUCUGUCUAGUUUCUAGAACCUUUGGGGGACAAGAAAGGCCAUUCUGCAUAAUUGACCGCCAGUCCACAGGUAGUAUCUAGCCUGCUACAAUUACCUGACUCUAGUUCGUGGUAAAGGAAAGUCAAACAGUGUUGUAGAAGCAUCUGUUUUCUGUGUGGUUUCCUCCUCCCUUUUUUCUAUCACACCAACCAUUUUUCCACUUGCGUCAAAAGGAAAUUGAGCAGCUUGUGGGUUCUCGAGAUUCAGCUCUUCUCAAGAACAUGCAGUCAAACAACAAGAGCAGCACAAACUCACCGGCUGUUGGCUUAAGCUGUGCUUCAGGGAAGAAGGGCCAAGAGGAUUCUGCUGUUUGGGUUAAAAUAGCUGUAUUUGUGUACAGAACAAGAGGGCAGCCUGUUGCUUGGAAGACACUGCAGCAAGAAAUCCAAACUACUGAAGAGCACUGAAUGCAGAGAAUCUGGUCAGGUCUCUCUCAAUACUGUACUUUUAGACCACUAUUACUUAAAUCUACCAGCUGACGGCAGACUGUGAUGGGAAGUUUGCCCAGCAGGAGGAAGCAGAUUGCUACUCAGCCAAGCCCACAGUCCAACGUGCAGAACAGCCAGGCCCUUGGCCUCAGCCAUGGUGUCAGGCCACAAGGUGAGAGUACCCCUAUAGCUGUUGCUGUGUGUAAUUUCCCUUCUGGACAUGCAGAGCCAAUACUGUGGAUGGGAGAGCAGCUGAAUUUGCUGUCUGAAGAUGGUGAAUGGUGGAAAGUGGAGUCAGUAACCACGGGCAAAGGCUGCUAUGUUCCCAGCAACCAUGUUGCCAAAAUCUCUCACAGGUGGCUCUAUGAGGGCAUCAGCCGAUCAAAGGCUGAGGAGCUGUUGCUGCUGCCUUCCAACAGUGAAGGUUAUUUUCUGAUCAGAGAGAGCCAAAUGAAGAAAGGUUGCUACUCUUUGUCUAUCAGACACACAAAUGGUGCUUCCUGGGAUUGUGUGAAACACUAUCGCAUUAACUGCAUGGAAAACGGCUGGCUUUACAUUUCCCCUCGCCUCACCUUCUCAAGCUUGCAGGAGCUGGUGGAGUACUAUUCCGAAGCUGGGGAUGGCUUAUGUUGCUGCUUGAAGGAGCCGUGCUUCAUCCAAGGCUCUACAUUGUGGCAGAAGUCUAAUCUUUCCCGACCAAUGGUAGUAAAGAAGCCAACUCUCAACUGGAAGGAGAUCAGCAGACUUGCUGGCAGAAAAUCCGCUAUCAGAAGACUCGCCAAUUAGCUUGGGCCUGAGGGAAGCUGUCACUUCCUACCUGUUAAUGACUGAAGAGCUGCCCUCAGAGGACACAAUCAGUGAAAAGUGAGAAAGAUCAAUACGCUUAAGGUUACUGUUGGGAACCAUUUU